GAAAUGAAAAGUCAAAAACUAGUUUCCAAUCGUCUAAGACAGGACUUGAAAGCAAUUAACGAGCUUUACAUUGCUAUCUAGUUUCUUAUGCAACACCUUUGUUUCUUCCAAGUUUUAGCAUAUGGAUCAGCUCCAUUUUUUCUUCUUUCCCCUGAUGGCUCAUGGCCACAUGAUUCCUACACUUGACAUGGCUAAGCUCGUGGUUUCUCGUGGUGUUAAGGCCACCAUAAUCACCACUCCUCUCAAUCAAUCUGUUUUCUCUAAAGCUAUUCAAAGAAACAAGCAAGAAGGAAAUGAAAUAGACAUCCGUUUGAUCAAAUUCCAAGCUGUUGAAAAUGGCUUGCCUGAAGGAUGUGAGCGUCUUGAUCUCAUCCCUACUGAUGAAUUGCUAAACAACUUCACCAUGGCUACAACUAUGAUGAAAGAACCAUUCGAGCAGCUUCUUCAAGAAUGCCGCCCCAGCUGUCUUGUUUCUGAUAUGUUCCUUCCUUGGACAUAUGACAGUGCAGCCAAAUUUAACAUUCCAAGAUUGGUUUUUCAUGGGACAAGCUACUUUGCACUUUGUGUCACUGAUAGUGUCACACGUUAUAAGCCUUUCAUGAAUGUAUCCUCUGAUUCUGAUGCUUUUGUUAUACCGAAUUUGCCUCACCAAAUCAAGCUGACCAGAACACAACUGACCCCAUUCGAUCGAAUUGAGGAAGAGAAAGAUAUGUCCCCGAUGAUAAAAGAACUCAGGGAGUCCGGUUUAAAGGGCUACGGAGUUAUCUUCAAUAGCUUCUAUGAGCUCGAACCAGAUUAUGUUGAAUAUUACACCAAUGUUCUGAGUAGAAAAACCUGGGCUAUUGGCCCACUCUCGUUGUGUAACAGGGACAUUGAAGAUAAAGCUGAAAGAGGGAAGAACUCCUCUAUCGAUAAGCAUGAGUGCAUGAAAUGGCUUGAUUCGAAGAAAUCCAGUUCCAUCGUUUACGUAUGUUUUGGGAGUGUUGCCAUUUUCACUGCUUCACAAAUGGAAGAGCUUGCUAUGGGAAUUGAAGCUUCUGGACAAGAAUUCAUUUGGGUUGUAAGACCAGAUAACGAAGAGUGCCUGCCUGAAGGAUUCAAGGAAAGAACAAAAGAAAAAGGCUUAAUAAUAAGAGGAUGGGCACCCCAACUGCUAAUUCUUGAUCACGAAGCUGUGGGAGCUUUUGUCACUCAUUGUGGUUGGAAUUCGACCCUUGAAGGAAUAUCAGCAGGGUUGCCAAUGGUCACAUGGCCCGUGUUUGGUGAGCAAUUCUACAACGAAAAGUUGGUGAUUGAGGUUUUGAGAACUGGGGUUGGCGUUGGUUCAGUACAAUGGAAGAGAAUAGAUAGCGAGGGAGUGAAAAGAGAAGCAAUAACCGAGGCAAUAAAGAAAGUCCUUGUGGGUGAAGAAGCAGAAGGAUUCAGAAGCAGAGCUAAAGCGUACACGAAAAUGGCAAGGCAGGCAGUUGAAGAAGGAGGCUCAUCUUACACUGGUUUGACUGAUUUACUGCAAGAUAUAAGUGCAUAUAUUUCCACAAGUAACUGAGUAAACCAUUUAUUCCUAUAACUCCACUACUAUAUGUCUAAAAAAAGAUGAGAGCAAAU